GGUCAAAAUGGCGGUCGAUGACGUGACGUCAGUCAACUGCGUCGUUGCCGCCUGUUUCAUCAUGGAAACUUAAUUGCAGUCAACGAGUGAAGCGCAUUUGUUUCGUUUUCACGAGACGCCCAUAAAAAAGUUAUGAGAAGCUCCACUUCUUUUGAACAAAAAACCGUAGUAAAUAUUUGACCACCACUGUGGAGGGGAAAAAGACGUCUUUCAAUGUGGGUUAACUACCAGAAUUAGCAUCGUUAGCUCGUUGAAUGGAGAGCAGCAAAAGAUGCCAUGAAGAGUUUUUUUUGGCCAAAUUGACCGUGGCGGUGGCAGUGUCGGUGAUCAGGAGCCGGCCGGCUGGUGUCUGCAUCCGGCAACACGUCCAAUCUUUGGCUGCGAAGUUGAAACAGCGAGAGCGUACUGCAAGCCGAGCGAAGGAAGCCGGAGGUGCUCACUGUCUUCCGGUAACGGUCGGCGAAAAUACUAGUACAUCAGGUCACAACGUCCCAACGGAACUCCUCGGGCCCGUUCCGCCUCCCGCCGAGAGAUUUCCGCACUUGCUGUGCGCCCUCCAGCGAAUGGACGCGCCGUGGCCCGGGGACGUUUUGCCGGAUGCCCUGCGCGGUCUCACGGACGCCCUGGCCGAGGCCACCCGCGAAUGCCGGCUUCCCGCCGGAGCGGGCCAGCUCGCGCUAGAGGCGUGCUCUCGCGCCGCCGACCUCUCCUCCGGCAACGCGGAAGGCCUGGAGGCCUCGCUGACGGAUCUGAUCGCCGCACUGCGACGCGCCGGCCCGCGGCACCCCACGGCAGAUCUGUUGUCGGAGUGCUUGGUGGUGUUAGGGCGCAGCCGCGCGGCAAACUCCUUCCUGUUCGUCGCCGUUCUGUCCGAGGCCAGCGAGCUGGCCGAGCGAUUGUGCCACGCCGUCCAGGAAAACACCGGAGUGGCCGAUUUUCCCGCGGAUGAGUACCACAUGGCGUGGCGCCUGCUGACGAUCGCGGAGGAGCUGCCGAAAGACGCGCCGGUGGCGCGGCGACACCGCGUCAGGUUAGAACAGACGCUGCGGCAACUGGAGCGACAAAUGUUGGCGCUGUGGCAGGAAUUUCCGCUUUUGGCCGUCGCCGUGUGGAGAAUGGUCACAGACCUUUGGCCGUCCGACACGUGAAAGCCAAACGUGUUGAUAGAUCACAUGACAACAAGUAGACUAUAAUAUUUACUAUAAUAUUUCCAUGCAGACCAAAUCUUGAUUCUGCCUAUUAAAAAAAACUCAAAUAUAGCAUUGAAUUUUGAAAUAAAAAGUAUCUUGUUCAGAAGCGAACAUCCAUUUGGUCCAUGGGCGCUGGAAGUUAUGCACAGAAGGUGGUGCUGAAGAUCGUUUUUAGUUUCCAAAAACGGCCGUUUCUGUCCAGAUUUGACAUGCUCGUACAUUUUCUUCAUACAAGGCGUGCACAAUGGCAGUAAACACGCAUGCCGGAUCGUUGACGUACAGUGCUGGCCAAAAGUAUUGGCACCGCUGCAAUUCUGUCAGACAUUGCUCAAUUUCUCCCACAAAAUGAUUGCAAUUACAAAUCCUUUGGUGGAAAUAUCUUCAUUUAUUUUGCUUGCAACGAAAAAAAAAAAAAAACACAAAAGAGAAUGGAAAAACAAUGAAAUCAGAAUCAUUUUACACAAGACUCCAAAAAUGGGCCGGACAAAAGUAUUGGCACCCUUUGAAAAAUUACAUGAUGCUUCUCUAAUUUGUAUAAUUAACAGCACCUGUUAUUUAACAGUGGCACAUAAUAGGUAAUGACAAUAACUAACUUGCAGCCAGUUAAAAUGGAUUAAAGCUGACUCAACCUCUGUCCUGUGUCCUUGUUUGUACCACACUGAGCAUGGAGAAAAGAAAAAAGAUCAAAUAACUGUCUGAGUUUAGAAGCAAAAUUGUGACGAAACAUGGGCAAUCUCAAGGCUACAAGUCCAGCUCCAAAGACCUGAAUGUUCCUGUGUCUACCGUGUGCAGUGUCAUCAAUAAUUGUAAAGCCCACGACACUGUGGCUAACCUCCUUCGAUGUGAAUGUAAAAGAAAAAUUGACAAGAUUUCAACAAAAGAUCGUUUGGAUGGUGGAUAAAGAACCACGACUAACAGCCAAACAAAUUCAAGCUGUCCCGCAGUCCGAGGGUACAACAGUAUCAAGCCGUACUAUCCGUCGGCGUCUGAAUGAAAAGGGACUCUAUGGUAGGCAAUAACAUAAUUAUUAAAUAUUUGCUUUUACCAAUGAAGGCUCACAAUAAAGUAUUGAUUGCUAUAAUACAGUAAGAGACAUUUUUGGAAUUGAUAACUAUAGACAUGUUUAGCUCUUGAUAAUACUGCCUUGUCAUUCUGACCGAUUUAAACCGGCCUAGGUUCCACAGGUCAACUUUGAGGACAAGCCACAGACAUUGGGUAACCAAACUAGAACAUUUAGGAAAUCGUAUUUUUGCAUUUUAUUCCUUGCCAAAUGCUGUUGCUUCAUGAAAUGUAUUUCAGGAGAUAAUUCUUAUAUAUUUGCUGAAAUCAAUUGCUGCUCGCAAUGAAGAAAUGCUUCUGCUUAUUGUUGCUUACAAAGAAGGAAUGUUUUGAAGACUUGAAGAGGCCUCUUGUUCAAGGACAGAGCCAAAAGAUGCAGCUUUGCUUUUCUGAAAUGUGCUGACACACAUGUAUAUAAUUCCACCUACAUGCACACACAUAGCCAAACAAUUACAAGGGGUGUCACUAGCUUGCUUCCACUUCCCCUUUUAGGGCAAGACACCUGUCUGUUGCUAGGGCUAUCCCAAAUAAUAAGCGAGGUGGAGGGGGGCUGGUUAGAACGAUUGCGGAAGCUGUAUUUUGUAAUCCAUUGUAUAGCUUCCUCCUUCUCCUUGCAAGCUUUUCAACUAAAUUGAGUGCGUUCUUAUUUUGGGUAAUAUUAUAAAUGUCUACCUAAGGAUUCAUAUUUGAACUUGACAGUAGGAUACCCAGGAAGACCCCACUUCUGACCCAGAGACAUACAAAAGCCAGUUUUGCUAAAACUUACCUGAGAAAGCCAAAAAUGUUUUGGAUGAAUGUUCUCUGGUCAGAUGAGACAAAAGUAGAGGUUUUUGGGAAAAGGCAUCAACAUGGAGUUUACAGGGAAAAUCCGAGGCCUUCAAAGAAAAGAACACGGUCCACACAGUCAAACAUAGUGGAGGUUCCCUGAUGUUUUGGGGUUGCUUUGCUAACUCUGGCACUGGACUGCUUGACUGUGUGCAUGGCAUUAUGAAGUCUGAAGACUACCAACAAAUUUUGCAGGGCCCAGUGUGAGAAAGCUGUGUCUCCCUUAGAGGUCAUGGGUCUUCCAGCAGGACAAUGACCCAAAAUACACUUCAAAACGCACUAGAAAAUUGCUUGAUAGAAAGCACUGGAGACUUCUAAAGUAGCCAGCAAUGUGUCCAGACUUAAAUCUCAUAGAACACCAGUGGAGAGAUCUGAAAAUGGCACCCUUCAAAUCUCAAAGACCUGGAGCAGUUGGCCAAUGAAGACAUUCUCUUUUGGGUUUUUUCACUGCAAGCAAAAUAAAUGAAGAUAUUACUACUAAAGCAUUUGUAAAUGCAAUCA